AUGCAUCUUAGCAUCACCCGUCAAUUGUUCUGCGCCAAUUAAUUACCAUCUCCUAUAGUUCCCCCCACAUGGAAGAGCAACACCUCCUCCAACCCCUCCUCUCAACCACCACCACCGCCACCACCGAUCAUGCGGCCUCUGCCACUUCAUUUAUAAGUGACAAUGGCAAGGCCUUCUUAUCCGAUUUGGGGAUUAUCUUCCGACUUGUUUUGAUUAUACUCAUUGGAAUGGUCUCCAUUUGGGCCAACCAUGAAGCCUCCAAGGGUUUUGCCAUAACCAUCAUCAACGAAACUGCCGACACAUCCCCCGGCCGUUGUUUCUCUCUCUUCUAUGAAACAAACGACAAAGCCACGCGUAUACUUCUCAAUGCAAGUAAAUUUGUCGAAAACAUUCUUUACCUUGAUGAUAGCCUACCCAAGAAGCAAGUGGACCACGUCAUUUUCCGGCUCGCUAGCCGGAAUCUGACCCACAUGGUCACUGUUGACUACGGCCAAGACAAUGAGUUUGUCCUUCAUGUUAAUCCUUCAAUAAUGCAAGAGACCAAUUUUAGCCAUGCUAUGUUAUUGGCGGUGCAAAGAGGUAUGGCACGUAUUUGGCUAUGGGAUGGUCAAGGUAAUGCCCCACUCUACCUUAUAAAUGGCAUGGUUGAGUACAUAACAGAGUUAGCCGGCUUCGGAACUGCGUUGAACUCUGGUGUCGGUGACUCACUGGAAUCUGACUACACUUGCUGGAACAGUAAGGACUCCAAAGCCGUGGCACAAUUUUUGAAUAAUUGUGAGAGGCACAGACCAGGGUUCAUUGGACGGUUGAACCAAGCCAUGAGACAGGGUUGGCACGAUCGCACGGUGGAUGAUGUGUUAGCUAAAGGGCAUCCACUUAAAAAUUGGCACGUCAGCCACCCUUUACUGGGAAUCGAUCUUUUGUUGGACAAGCUUUCACGUAGAGUCUUUUUCACCGGAUGCUACCAAUAUAGCCAUCCCAGUUCCAAUAGCAUUAUCAUCCUCAAAAUCUCUCUCGUCGCGAUUGCCGUUGUUGUUGUUGCCGUCGCUGCCAAUUCUCAUCCCCUUUUUGUAAAUUUAGUUUUAACCUUUUCCACCUCCUUAGCAUUGUCAUACCUAAAUCCAUAAAACUUAGACAAUAGAUCAACUAUUUUUCUUACCAAGAAUAACCCAAGUUUUGUUGAUGUUUUUUUUAGAGCAAUGUUAUAAGGAUCUUAUUUUGGGAUCUCAUUUACGGAUUUAAUGAUGUGAUUUUCA